AGUAGAAGCCAGCACCCGGAAACGGUAGUUCGAUUCAUCCACAUCGAAAACAAGCACCGCAGUAGAGUGCACCGUCGAGUGGUAGUGGACAGUUGCACAACGGCAUCCGGUGGCGGUAAUGGAGCUUUGUAAACGGUAUCUAUGGCUAGCUGCCUUCCAGCUACUGUGGUCACUCUGCACAGUGGAGUGUUAUCCAGAUGGUAUAAAUUUCUAUAAAGAUCUACAGCGGCUAAAAAACGACGAAGAGUUGGAGGCAGUCCUUAACGAUGAAUCGGUAGCGCUGCCAAGGAUUCUUUACUUCCGGACGCCCUCUUCCGCCUUUGCCGACAUUGGCGACUUCGCAGGGGCGUACGAGAAGCGGACAGUGAACAAAUACAAAAAUAUGAUGCUAAACAAGGAUAGUCUCGACAUUCCGCUGAUGGAUGAUGUGGAGCAGACGAAGGAAGCAACGCGGUUCUUCUUUCCACGCGUCACACCGAAGCGAUCGCCGGGAGCCAUCCUGAGCUGGGCUAUUCCGGCCGCCAAUCGAGUGCGUGUCGUCAGCACAAACUAUCGGCCACCGGGUAUUAAUCGGCCUGCGGCCUAGAUCCUACCACCUUUCGAGGAUCCUGCUUGAGGAUGGGUCUAUCGGUUCCAUCGGCCCUCCCACGUAGCGGACGAGUAGUUGGGGCGAGCUACUACUGGACACCAACAACAAAUGUAAGCAUCUGCGCUGGCUUCAAACUGCAGUGUAACUAUUUUUAAGUCGUUUCAUCAAUAACAUCAAUAUGGAUUCAUGUAGUUCCUCAGGUUCUGCUAAUAAAACAAAACCGAAUGG